CCGGAUCGAGGUCGUGAUGCGUAGUUUACGAGAAGCUGGGUUGUGAGUUUUCUAGAAGCUAGGCUAACUGAUGGAGGCGACAGGCUGAGAAACGGGCCGUUUAAACACAGAAAGUCGACAUUAAACGGUGAGGGUUGUAUGUGUUUGUGAAGAGAACGCCGUUCCGAGGCUCUGCUGAGGAAAAUUAAUCGCCACUGAGUGUGGUGUGAGGUUCGUUGAAAUGGAAGUGGGCCGUCAGAUCCUCGGGAAACUGCAGAGGAGGAAAAAGUCGCUGAUGACCCCAGCUGUGAUCCUGCCAGGACUGGAGGUGCACUUUUACCUGGCGGACACGCAGCAGAUCAUCCACCUGAAAGGCCGUCACUCGGCUGAGCAGCUGUGCACCGAAGCCGCCAAGAAGCUGGGGCUGUCUCCGUUAUGCAGCAGUUUGUUUGCUCUGUACGAUGAAACCACCAGGACGUGGUUUCCUCCGAAUCACGUGUUCCAUGUCGAUGAGACGAUGAGACUCAAGCUGCACUAUCGCAUGAGGUUUUAUUUCACUAACUGGCACGGGACGAAUCAGGAAAUGCCAGCCGUCGUACGGCACAGUCUCAAACAGACAGGAAACCAGGGGACCGCUCUUCUGGACUCGUCGUCACUGACCUACCUGUACGCGCAGAGUCAGUCUGAUUUCCAGAGUGGCGCAGCAGCACUUCGCAGCUUUCAGUGUGAGGAGGAAGCCCAGCACAUCGAGAACGAGUGCUUGGGAAUGGCGGUGAUGGCGAUUUCCCACGAUGCCAUCGGGAAAAACCUGCCUGCGCGGGAACUGGCUCGGAAAUUCAAGUACAAGAGCUACAUCCCGGCCAGCCUGAACCAGUCCAUCUCUCAGAGGAACCUCCUGACCCGGCUGCGCAUCUCUAACGUCUUCAAGGUGUUUCUCAAGGAGUUCAAUGACAAAACGGUGCUAAACAGCAGCGUCACCAAACACGACUUGAAGGUCAAGUACAUUUCCACUCUCGAGACACUGACCACGCACUUCGGCUGCGAGGUGUACGAACCCAAGUCCCUCAGCAUCCACGAGAACAACGAGGUUCCCUCAGGUUCUGCCAACGAGGACGGGGCUCGGCGUCGCCUGCUCGUUUCCGGAACCUGUGGCAUCAAAUGGCAGGUCAUGCCUCCUGAGAUUUGCCCGAAUCUACAAAGGAAGCGAUCAAAGAAGAGCAAACAACGACAGGGUCAGCUCAGCGCCGUCAGGGAAGACGACAGAUGGACGACGUUCUCGGAUUUCCAUGAGAUCACGCACGUCGUCAUCAGGGAGGCAGCGGUCACGGUUUUCAGACAAGACGACAGGAGGAUGGAAGUGUGCUUCGCUAGCCGUGAGGAGGCGCUGGCCUUCGCCAGCCUGAUAGACGGCUUCUUCAGGCUCACUGUAGACGCGCAUCACUUCCUGUGCACCGACGUUGCUCCCGAAUCCGUAGAAACCAACCUACGUGAAGGAUGUCACGGACCAAUCAGCACCGAGUACGCUGUUCACAAGCUCAAACAGGAAGGCUAUGAGGAGGGAAUGUACAUCCUGCGCUGGAGCUGCGCUCAUUACGACCACGUCCUGCUGACUAUCAUCUGCAACGAGAGAGACGUCUCCGGUGAGAUCAUUAAGACCUUCAAGAACUUUCAGAUCGAGAGGACCGAGGGCGGAUUUCGUCUCUGUGGGACGGACGUGGAGAAACCGACGCUGAGGGAGCUGACUGACCGGCUGUGUGGUCACUGUCUGAGUACGGACAACACCACUCUGAAGCUGGCACGAGGUUGUCCUCCUCAGCCUCGAGAACUGUCUAAUCUCCUGAUGGUGACGAGGCCAGACUCCGUCACUCCUCCCUCCCUGAGCAGCCAGCUUAUCUUCCACCGCAUCAACAAAGCAGACAUCGAACAGGACAAGCACUUGGGGAAGGGAACCCGUACGAACAUUUACUCAGGUACGCUGAAGCUGAAGAGCGAUGAGGACGGCUUCAACACUGAGGAUGUCCCUGUGGUCCUGAAGGUGAUCGGGGCAGGACUUAAGGACGUUUCAGUCUUUUUGGAAACAGUGAGUCAGAUGCGUCAGAUCACUCACAAACACAUGACAUGUCUGUAUGGCAUCUGCAUGCACAGCAUGGAUAUCAUCAUGGUGGAGGAGUUUGUGCAGCACGGACCUCUGGAUCUGUUCAUGCGUGCUCAUCACGCCGAACUCACACCGUCCUGGAAGUUUCAGGUCGCCGAGCAGCUCGCUAGCGUCCUCAGCUACCUGGAGGACAAGAAGCUCGUCCAUGGCUACGUGUGCACAAAGAACGUCCUGGUCAUGAAAGACGGUCUGGAUGGACAACAAGCUCCGUUCAUGAAGCUCAGCAACCCAGGAGUCUCAAUCGCAGCACUCAACCGAGAAGAGUGUAUCGACAGGAUCCCAUGGAUCGCCCCGGAGUCUGUGAAGAACCCUAAAGCGCAGAACGUGGCAGCGGAUAAGUGGGGCUUCGGGACGAUGCUGUGGGAGAUCUGCUACAACGGGGAAGUGCCGCUCAGGGACAAGACACGUGCUGAGAAGGAGAGGUUCUAUGAAGCGGAGGGUGCACUGAUAAUUCCCAACUGCAGUGAACUGGCCGAGCUCAUCACUCAGUGCAUGAACUAUGACCCCAGGAAGAGACCAUUCUUCCGAGCCAUAGUGCGCGAACUGGACCGCAUCAAGGAGCAGAACCCGGCGAUGGUGUCGGACACCAUUCCUGUUCAGGAGAUCGACCCCACGCUGUUCGAGAGCAGGUUCCUCAGGACAGUUCGGGGCCUGGGAGAGGGUCACUUUGGGACGGUGGAGUUGUGUCUGUACGACCCACACGGAGACUACAGCGGGCAGAUGGUGGCCGUCAAGUCGCUGAAGUCGGAGAGCGAAGGACCCGAGGGCAGCAACCUGAGGAGAGAAAUCAACACGAUGAGAGAGCUUUACCACAACAACAUCGUCAAAUACAAAGGCAUCUGUACUGAGGAGGGUGGGAGAAUGAUUAAGCUGAUCAUGGAGUAUCUGCCUGCUGGGAGCCUGAAGGAUUAUCUGCCCCGACACAAAGCUCAGACGAGCCAAGAGCGCCUGCUGCUCUAUGCCAUCCAGAUCUGUCAGGGAAUGGACUACCUGGGCUCUCAGAACUACAUCCACAGAGACCUGGCAGCUCGUAACGUUCUGGUGGAGAACGAGACGCUGGUCAAGAUCGGAGACUUCGGCCUGACCAAGAGCAUCAAAGACAACGAGGACUACUACACGGUCAGGGAGGAGCAGGACAGUCCGGUGUACUGGUACGCUCCUGAGUGUCUGAUCCACAGGAAGUUUUACAAAGCCUCGGACGUCUGGUCUUUCGGAGUCACGCUGUACGAACUCAUGACCUACUGCGACCGCAAGACGAGUCCUCCUGAGAUGUUCUUGAAAAUGAUUGGCCAAUCUCAUGGUCAGAUGACGAUGGCGCGACUGGUGAAGUCUUUGGAAAAUGGCUGGAGGUUGUCCUGCCCUCCAUCUUGCCCGGACAUGGUGUACACACAGAUGCGGAGGUGCUGGGCUCACGCUCCAGAGGACAGAGUUGACUUCAAAGGCCUGAUCGAGGUGUUCGAGCGUCUCUUGUCGAGCGAAGAGCUCAGUUUAUUACGCAGCUCUUAAAGCAGCCAUUCUUAAAUACUUUUUUUAUUUUUUUAUACUAUACAGUCAAGCCGGAAAGUCUGCGCACCCCUUUCACCUUCUCCACGUUUUAUUACGCUACAGACUUAUUCUACGAUAGAUUGAGUUCAUUUUUUUGUCAUAAAAUUCUGCACAAAGUGAAAGCGAAUUUAUUACAAAUCAAAAAUGUAAAAUAUCACGUGUGCACACCCUUUGAUACGACACCCAAAAGUGAGCUGAGGUGCGUUUUGUUUCCACUGAUACUGCUUGAGAUGUUUCUACAACUUAAUUGGAGUCCACCUGCGGUAAAGCCAGUUGACUGGAUACGAUUGGACCGGAAAAUACACAACCGCCAUCUUGUCGGUCAAAAACACCGCUGAGUACUGCUGCACUCGUGUACAGAAUGGAUCAAUUUCAACCGACGGACUACACGGCUCAUUUUUCUAAUGAACAGAUAACUAGAUACAUGUCUAAAAUAAACGAUCUACAGAUUUGUGACCCUUAUGGCUUACCGGACGGAGUUUUCACGACCGGAUUUUGAACUGCCAGCGGAAUACCCGGACGUGUAUAAUUACCUCAUUAACUUUCCCUCGCUGUUCAGUGGUGAAGCACUGCGUGCUUAUAAAUCUCUAAACAGUUAUCUCUACAGAAAUUCAGGAUUUGUCAGCGACUCAGAUGUGGCAUCUUGUAAACAAGAAUCCUCAUUGGACGGGUAAGUCACUUAAGUAUUGAGUAUAGCACUGACCAGCUGAUUAUAGAAUAAGGUAAUUCCAGCUGUAAUUCCAAAUCGUCCGUCUUGUUUACAUGGAUCUGGCGUUGGAGAGGUAGAGGCUUAGCAGUGGAGGUUUGAGUGGCUGUUUUCUGAGCUUAGUCAACAGGCCGGCUCUGCCUGCAGCCUCGCUUUUGCUUCCACUCCCGGCGCCGCCUCCUUCACUUUGCUUCCGAUAACAAUCCACGGAGACCCCGCUGGUCUCGCUAUCUCGUCCGGAAUUUUUUUUUUUUCUCGUCCGGAAUGUUGUGCAUGCGAUGGAAAUCGCUACAAACCGUCAUUUUCUGCUGGAAACCAAUGUCCAGUAAGUCCAUACGGUUGUAGUGGAUAUUGAAGUCCGGUACAGACGAACAACACGCAAAAAUACACACAAAAAACAUAAACGUGCACAGGUAGGGAGAGCUUGUAGCCGCAGCCGUUGUAGUAGAAUUGUAUAUAGUAGGGUUUUCCAGAAGAAAAGGCAGAAGUAGAAGGCAGAAUAUGGCGUUUGACCGACAAGAUGGCGUCUGUCACAAUCUGGAUCGGCUGUGACGUCACAUGCAAGUGCUCCAUAUAAAGGUCCCACAUCAGAGCAAACGCCAAGCCAUGGGGUCAAAGGAAUUAUCUUUCGUCAAUGGACAUUUCAUCAAGUUUGGAACCACCAAGAACCUUCCUAGACCUGGCUGCCUGGCCAAACCGAGCGAUCGGAGAAGACAGGCCUUGGCCAGGGAGGUGAGCAGGAACCCGAGGGUCACUCUGACAGAGCUCCAGCGUAUCCUUGUGGAGAUGAGAGAACCUUUCAGAAGAUCAACCAAAUCAGGCCUUUAUGGUAGAGUGGCUAGACGGAAGCCACUCCUUAGUACAUGAUGGCCCACUUGGAGUUUUCCAAAAGGCACCUAGAGGAACCCUCAAACCAUGAGAAACAAGAUUCUCUGGUCUGAUGAAACCAAAAUUGAACUGUAGGAAACCAGGUACCGCUCAUCACCUGGCUAAUCCCAUCCCUACAGUCAAGCAUGGCGGUGGCAGCAUCAUGAUGUGGGGAUGUUUUUCAGCAGCAGGAAUGGGGGGGGGGACUAGUCCUGAUGAAUGCAGCCAAGUACACCGAGAUCCUUGAAGAAAACCUGCUCCAGAGUGCUCUCGGGUGAAGGUUUACCUUCCAGCAUGACAACGACCCAAAGCAGUGGCUUCAGAGAAAGCCUGUGAAUGUCCUUGAGUGGCCCGGCCAGAGCCCAGACCUGAAUGCAGUGGAAGGAGCUGGAAGUGGCUGUGUACCGAUGCUCCCCAUCCAACCUGACGGAGCUUGCAAGGAUGUCCAGAAACAAGUGUGCCAAGCUUGAAGCUGUAAAUAAACUCUUUUUGGCAGUAAAAUAAAAUUGCGUAUUUUCUAAAAACCUGCUUUCACUUUAGUCAUUAUGAGCUAUUUUGUGUCAGAUCUCUUGUAGAACGAGUCUGAAACGUAAUAAAACGUGGAGAAGGUGAAAGGGGUGCACAGACUUUCCGGCCUGACUGUAUAUCGUGUCUUAUCUUUCCUUUCCUUUAAGGCCUGACCUCAUGGCAAAAGAAGCGCUUGUAUUCUGACACCUGAAAACCUCUGAGCACGUAAACGGUCCGAAUGUGGACAGGAUUAUCUUGGUGCUCUUACACCAGGUGUUUAUACGCUCCGUGGUUUUGUUGUUCUGCUGGAUUAGGGACGUCUUUUCAGACAUUAAAGUUGUAACCGUCAGGACAAAGAAAGCGCCGUUUAAAGGGUGUGACUUUGGUGAGAACGCUGAAAUGACUUGACUUACAGGAUGAAACGGCUUGAUUAGACCUUUCGCAGAAUAUCACGACUUGAAACAAUAAAAUGCUCUGAUUGGGCAAAGACGGUGGAGGAAAACUUGUGUCUGAAAUAGUGCUGUCAAAAAUGUCGCGUUAUUAACGCGUUAACUUGACUCAAUUUUAACGGCGAUAAUUUUUUUAAUCGCGAGAUUAACGCUCUGUGACAUGAUGCCACGCCCCGCACAGCCAGAGUCCUCUGCCCUCCCCCGAAGAGCCACGGUGCUCGGCUUAGGUUUCGUUUUCCCAUCGGCGGCUCCAGCCCCACUUUGCAGUGGCUGUGACAAGACGUGUUAUGCUCUGCAAUAAAAAAAAAAACAUUGGUACAACCAGUGUUGGAACUAUGCCGAUAUUUUCGGGGGGGGGGUCCCUUAUUUUCCCUUGGGGGGGGGGUGCUUGCGCUUGUCUCAGAGCGUGGAUCUCCAUCGCGCGCUCACUUCGGAUAUGCAAAUGCUUCCCGUUACACACGAUUGCUAUGUCAAUAAACAUCAUUUUGCCAAUAUUUUAGAGACCCCCCAACAUUUCCCAAAUCAUGUUUUCAAGGGAUCUCAUGUCUGUUUCAGGGGAUCUCGGAUCCCCCGAGUACCCCCGUAGUUCGAACGGUGAGCAAGCCCAUUCACUUUUUUAUGCUGAUAAGAGAAUUACAAUGGUUUUUCAUGUGACAAAAAUGUGCGAUUAAAUUGCGAUUAAUCGCGAGUUAACUAUGACAGUCGCGACAUUAAUCGCGAUUAAAUAUUUUAAUCGCUUGACAGCACUAGUCUGAAAUAAUUAGAUGUCGUAGUUUGGUAAUUGAUCAAUUUUAAAGUCUAAAAAAAUAAAUCAAUCUUCUAAAUCCGCUGGUUAUGAAACUCGUGUCCAAUUUCGGUCUUAAAAAGAUGACUUGCGUGUGCGAUAAACGGCCUGUGCGUGCAGCGGGACGUGUCGUAGGCGUGCUAACUGUGCUCACUGGCUGUGAGUUCAGAUCUCCGUGAGACUUGUGGAGGACUGGAACUAACCUCCACCUCCACUGAAAUCAGGCGUCAGGUACCGUAUAACGCCGGUUAAAAGCCGUGAGGCGGGAAACUUCCCCAAAUGAAAUACAGAUGUAAAAUAAGAGUGCAGAUGUUUGUGUGCGCGCGCGUUUAAGUUAAAUGUAAAAAUUGAAAUGCUUUGAGCAUGAAAUGGAAAUUUUCAAGGUUUUAAGCGAGGAAUUUGUUGUUAGGAUGCUGAGAUGUAAUUUGAGAGGGGGAAAAAAAAACCUUUUGUAUUUUUUACACUCUACCUGAAUUUACGACGUUCAUGAUGAUAACCUUCGUCCUUUUCCUGUCGUCAUCUUCGCAUUCAUCACGCUGCCUGGUGUAGAAGCUCGAUUCCACCACCAGUGAGGAAAAUAAUAUGCACGUAAUUAAUUAUUUUGCAGUUGCGAGAUUGAGAUCAAGAGAUGUUCUCUUGUAUCCGUGAGUUGUUUUUCUGCUCGUGAAUCUCACAUUUGUGACUUAGCGUAGUUUCAUACAGGCUCGCACGCAGCAGCGCGUGGAUUAAGAAUGGUGUAACGAACGAAAACGCAAAGUCGCGCUAACUCACAGUUGAGAGAAAACGUUACGAGAGAUUAACUUGCAGUUGGAAGACAAAAAGCUGCGACAGCGAGAGAAAUCCAGGUCGUGUUUUCUCUCGUGGCAGAAUCGAGCUUCCGUCACCACCAGCCAUCAAGCAGAUAUUUUAUGUUCGAUAUGGAUGUGUGAUCUUCUGCAGUUUGCGCAGAAUCCUCGCGCAGCAGGGAAAUGUGAGGGAUCUGGAUGUUCUCUGUAAUCAAAGAUGACGUUUCAGUUUGCUGCUUUGUUAUUGAUGUCUUUUUUUUGUCAAAUUCAUUAAAAGUCUUUAUUUUAUUGGUGAAA